AUGGAUCAAGUCAACCUCCAGGGCCACGGCCAGCAGAAGAUGCGCCCAGCCACUGCUGCGCCCCGCAAGUACGACGGCCAGCAAGGCAAUCCGCUCUACGACCCUGCCAAUGGCGGUCACUAUGGCGCAUCCGCAGCUAUUGCCGCGCAAAACCAAGCUCCAGAUCCACAGCUCUUCACCGGUUCCUGGCAGAAUGUGAACCAAGGCCUCACGGGAAACUACCGCGACAUUCUCAACACGUACUGGCAGCAACAAGUAACGAAGCUCGAGACGGACGAACAUGACUACAAGCUGCACCAGCUCCCGCUUGCUCGCAUUAAGAAGGUUAUGAAAGCGGAUCCCGAGGUCAAGAUGAUCUCUGCCGAAGCGCCCAUCCUAUUCGCCAAGGGAUGCGACAUCUUCAUCACGGAGCUCACAAUGCGUGCGUGGAUCCACGCCGAAGAGAACAAGCGUCGCACUCUGCAGCGCUCCGACAUUGCCUCCGCAUUAUCCAAGUCGGACAUGUUUGACUUUCUUAUCGAUAUCGUCCCUCGUGAAGAGGCGCAUCCACACAAGAGAAGCGCGGGCCAAAACGCGGCCGUGCAAUCGUCGGCUGCAGUGGUUCCCCCCGGCGGCAUGCCUCAGCCUGUGCACGCCCAGCACCCAAUGGCUCCUCCCGACUACGGCAUGAACCAGCACCUUGCCCAGCAAGAGGACUACCGACAGUCAUCCAUGUACCCAGGACCUGUGCAGGGCGACCCGAGCGUGUAUGCGCAGCAGGGCAUGUUUGAUCCCAAUGCGUAUGGCCCAUACGGCGCCAUGGGGCAGCAGCCUCAGAUGUACGCGGUUGGUCAGCGCGGGCCAGAUCCCAAUGCCGGCGACCCACAGGGCUUUGGCCGGUAUGGCGAGGCUGACGCUGAUGAUGAUGCUCAGGGCGAGCGCGUGGACGCAGACAACUAG